AGAUGCAUUCGUUCUGUCUUUUGUUUUGUUAAUCGAUUACAUUUACACAGGCAAGGAGGUUUGCCUCCAUGAAAAGAAAACAAUUUUCAUCAAUGUUUAUAGUUGAAACAUCUGUAUAUAUCAAUUAUCCUUGAAUAAGUCGAUCUGAUGAUUUUAUAUAUAUAUAAUAUCGAGCUUUUUCACUUUUCUAUAUCAUUCCAAUGUUCUAAAAGGUUUUUUAGGACAUAAAAAAACAAGUUAGAAACUUUUUGUUUUAGCUUUGAACAGAGUGAAGAAACAAAAAUAAUGUCAAUUAUGAAUUUAUUAUUGAUUUUAUUAUUGAUUAAUGUACAUAGUUCAGAAUCAGUAGUCAAAGUUUCAGAUAAGUCAUCAGCUGAUAAAGCUGCUAACACUAAACUAUCGCCAACGAAAUUAGACACCAAAAGUGAUCAUGAAGUGGAUUCUGUUGACGACACGACUCUAUUAGGAACGGUCAUUAUUGUUGGUUGUAGCCAUAAAGCAAUCAAUGACAAUAGGCAGGAAGUCGCAGCAACGAUGAGUGCUAAACUGAAUGAGAAUUUGAAAUCCACACAAAAGAUAACUGAGGAACACAAAGUAUCAAUAGAAAAUGUGAAAGAAAUCAAUUCUACCCAUUCAGAAAUACAAUAUUCGUGCAAAGGAAAGAAGGAAAAUCUUGAAAAGAUUAAGACAAGUCUGAAAGAUUCUUGUAAAUCGCACGACAUUAAAGACACUGUCGAUAAGUACGCUGAAAAAAAAACAGCAGAUAAUAAGGAAACAAAACCCGCAACUGAUACACCAAUUAAAACAGCAGACAAAGCAAUAGAUCAGAAACAAACAAAACAAUCAACAACCAUCAAGAAAGAUGACGACGCAGAAUCAACUAAAAAUAAACAAACAAAAACAGCUGAUCAAACAAAGGAAUCAACAUUGUCAAGCAACCAACCAGUUAUCGAUACCAAACAACAACAAAACGCCUUGAAAACCAAGCAACCAGAUGAAAAAACAGGUGAGUCAUCGGACACAAAACCAAGCGCUGACAAACACACAACCCCCAAACCAGUAACAACGAAAACCGCAGAGCACCACGAGCAGACGCCCACUGACAAAAAGCACGAGAAACCCCAAUCAGACGAUAAAAAGCCAACAACCACGAAACCCGAUGAUCAUAGCAAGCAACCAGACUCAUCUGCACAUAAAACAACUGAGAAGCCUACGAAAUCGAGCGAUGACAAACACGAAAAAGAUGUUGUGAAAACCGGUAACGUCAGAAUCAAUCAUGAAAAGCAUGAUGUUAAGGAAGACAACGAUAACAUAUUGUCCGGCACUUUAAUCUUAGAAGAUUGCGAUUGUCGAGAAUCGUUGAGUGCAGAUUCGAAGGAGUUCGAAGAAACAGUAUCUAAAAUUGUCAAUGAGUAUCUAUUAGAACAUGACCAAAUAGACGAGAAACACAUUGUUAACGUUGUUAAAGUUAUUGAUCAUGAUGGUUAUACAGAAAUCCAUUAUACAUGUACAGUUGUCAAGAAAGAGCAUAUAGAAAAAGUGAAGACAUCGUUGAAGGAAGGUUGCAAAAAGGACAUUCGUCUCAUGAGUCCAGACCAUGCACUAUUAAAACGCGAACCCAUACAUGUUAAUAAAGAUGCUAUUAAACUGUUACAGCUCAAAAACACCAUACAAAAAAUAAAAGACAAAGUCACAACAAAGUCGAAAGAUUCAAAGGUAGAAACGCAAAAGGAUAAACCAAAUUCACAGGACAAGAAGACAACGACCACUAGAAAGACAGAUGAUCAACGCCCGAAUACGACUCCGACUGCCAAAACAGAAGAUAAGAAAACAGCAACCGACAAAAAGGAUGACCACGGUAAACAACAAGACUCACCUGCACAUACGACAGUUCACAAAAACGCUGAAAAUGAUUAUCAUACUUGUGAUCAUAAAGUAGAAUCUAAAGAUGAUAAAACCGUCUCAGGUGUAAUAAUGCUAAAAGAUUGUAACCAUAAAUCCUUAAAUGAUAAUAAACAAGAGAUUGAACAUGAAAUCAACACAAAACCAAGCGCUGACAAACACACAACCCCCAAACCAGUAACAACGAAAACCGCAGAGCACCAUGAGCAGACGCCCACCGAAAAAAAGCACGAGAAACCCCAAUCAGACGAUAAAAAGCCAACAACCACGAAACCCGACGAUCACAGCAGGCAACCAAAAGAUCAUGACGAGAAGACAGCCCCAGCUACUGGUGAGAAACCGAAAGAUGAUCAUAAACAUGAACCACAUCAGGAAGACAAAACUGUGACAAAAGAAAAAGACGUCAAGAAAACAGUGGAAAUUAAUCACGAAUCACAUCAUAUUGUCGCCAAAGACGACAAGACUCUUGAGGGUACAUUGAUUGUUAAAAAUUGUGAUCAUAAAUCGCUGAAAGAUGAUAAAAAGUCGGUCGGUGAUGAAAUAGAAAAGAAAGUCAAUUCACACUUACGUGAUCAACAUAAAGUCAACCAAGAGGUGAAAAUCGAUGUUCAUGAUGUCGAAGAACUUAACUCAACACAUUCAGCCCUUCAUUACAAAUGUCA